GGGCCGUGGCUGGUUAGGAAAAGCGUCAGAGCGAAGCCUCUCAUCAUCGCCAGAGCGCUCAAGACGACGUUCUACCAGACGCCAACCUACCUUGAAGUGGUGGUGGAUAUCUGCUCGGACAGGAUCGCCAAGCACGUGACGGCACUUUGCCGUUCGCACUCGACCCGUCUAACGGUGGAUGUGGGCUACGUCAUUGAAGGUCGAGACGAAGCCGAGCUACCUGAAGCAUUA